CUCUCCUACUGCACCUCCAGCUUGCCGUAGAAAAGCGAAAGUUGUCUGAAUGAGUAUGUCAUAUGUGAAGCUGGCGUCGCUGUGUGCUGCUGCUCCUGGUCUGGCGGGCCUGAUGAGUGCCUCGGUGUUGGCAGCCAGUGAGGGGAAGAAGAAAAGCACGCAGCCCGUCCUGAGCAUCGAUGAGCUGCCUUCUCUGUACACCACCCCUGAAUCAAAGCUUCGGUAUGUGGAGCCGGAGGCUGGCCAGCUGGAGCAAAGUAUCGCAUCUCUGAGGAAAUGGGCUGAGCCAUAUACGAACCAGUGUCAGCAAACAGUCCAGGCAGGUGUGGAGAAAAUUGAGCGAGCGUACAGGACGGUAGAGCCCUCCAUCAACACGUCAGUAACAGCCGUCACCGAUACAUACCAGUUCCUCAGCGAUCCUCCUCCUGACCUCUACCCCAGCGUGGCAGUGGUGGGGUUCUCUGGCUUCCUGGGACUUUAUUUAGCUAAAGGCUCCAGGAUGAAGCGGCUGGUGUUUCCAGUUGGACUCAUGGCUCUGAGCGCCUCCAUGUUUUACCCUCAGCAGGCUGCGACCUUGUUAAAGAUGAGUCGGGAUUCUGCGUACGGGUGGUCUCAGCAGGGCCGUGUUGCCAUGGAGACUCUGUGGAAAGAGCCACCCUUUAGCAAGAAGAAGUCUGCGGAGCCUGAGGCAAAGGAGCGAACAGAAAGUACCAACACGAGCAGCUGAAGGCGCACCUGCAUCCAGUCACGCUAAGACCUGUACCUGUUAAUCAGCUCCUAGCACACACACCUCCAGAGCUGCAGACUGAGACACGUCAGGUUGUUUUACAUCAACAAACUGCAUGAUUAAGUUAUACCGCCGGAGUUUGUAAACCUGCUUCUACUUGAAUCAUUCCUGAUAACAGCCUCUUCCAAUGAGCAGGUUAGGCAAUCCUAUUUCAUCUUUCUUAUUUUCCAGUUGUUCAUGUCACAGCUUGAAUCUGCUUCUUCCUGAAGGCGACCCACCUCUCCUCUGUCUUACUUUGAUGACGU